AUGAUCACGCGAGGCAGCAGGCAUUCUGCGCAGAGCACCAACAUCUCCAGGGAAAAUGACGUUGAAAUGAGGAGCAUGGCGCAGCAUUACCAAAUGCGGCAGGCGACGAAUCACUCUUUUCCCACUGUACUCUUCAGUGCGCCGUGCAUGUGUGUGUGCGCGCAGAGGCAAAUGAUGAACUGCAGCGCUUUUCUGAGUGGAGUGAGACAAAAGAAUGAGGGCAGUGACAUAAUGCUGUCAAACAAUAAUAAUGCCAAGGAACAAGACUGCGAAUGUGGUGUGAGCGCAGUCCAGCGGGAGAAGCGGGAGAAGCGGCUGCAGCUGAGGCGUGCGGAGAAUGAUACUGAUGAUAUGUUUGUUUGA